UUCAUUAUUGGCCCUUUUCUUUGCAGUCUCUGACACCUGAGGUCCACAUUUUCAGAAGAACACAUGGGAAGUAGGAACAAUGUGACUGAGUUUAUUCUCCUGGGGCUUACACAAAGCCCUGAGGGGCAAAAAGUUCUAUUUGUUGCAUUCUUACUCAUCUACAUUGUGACAGUAAUGGGCAAUCUGCUUAUCAUGGUGACCAUCAUGUCCAGCCCAUCACUGGGUUCCCCCAUGUACUUUUUCUUGGCUUACUUAUCAUUUAUAGAUACUGUCUAUUCUACUGCCAUUGCUCCCAAAAUGAUUGUAGACUUGCUCUAUGAGGAAAAAACUAUUUCCUUCCAGGCGUGUAUGACUCAAGUCUUUAUAGAUCAUUUCUUUGCUGGUGCUGAAGUCAUUCUUCUGGUGGUGAUGGCCUAUGACCGAUAUGUAGCCAUAUGCAAACCUCUUCAUUAUUUGAUCAUCAUGAAUCGGCGGGUAUGUGUGCUCAUGCUGUUGAUGGCCUGGACUGGAGGCUUUCUGCACUCGUUGGUUCAAUUUCUCUUUAUUUAUCAGCUCCCUUUCUGUGGCCCCAAUGUCAUUGACAACUUUGUGUGUGAUAUGUAUCCUUUAUUGAAACUUGCUUGCACCAAUACCUACCUUGUUGGACUUUCUAUGAUAGCUAGAGGAGCAAUCUGCACUGUCACCUUCUCCCUUCUCUUAAUUUCCUAUGGGGUCAUAUUACACUCCCUUAAGACACAUGGUUUGGAAGGAAAACGCAAAGCCUUCUACACUUGUGCGUCCCAUAUAACUGUGGUCAUUUUAUUCUUUGUCCCUUGUAUCUUCCUGUAUGCAAGGCCCAAUUCCACCUUUCCCAUUGAUAAAUCCAUGACUGUGGUUCUAACUUUCAUAACUCCCAUGUUGAACCCCAUAAUCUAUACCCUGAGAAAUGCAGAAAUGAAAAAUGCCAUGAGGAAAGUUUGGAAUAACUAUGUGGCCUUAGUUAGAAGUGGACUGUGUCCCUCAUAUAGAACAUGA